CAAGUGGUCAGCAGCAGAAAAUAAUAUCGGCCGACACAGCCCUCCCCAACAACAACAGCAGCAGUAUUGUCACCACCUGGCAGGCGCAUUGCCAAAUGACGGCCUCACCGGCAUUUCGAGUGCUGCGGUCCAAUUCGACAUUGACCCAGUCGGAUCUCAUUUUUCCUUUUCUGGCGCCCUCGAUACACCACCUACGAAACCCGUCAAACAACUCAAUUGCUCGUUUCUCGACGUCCACCGCAUUAUGGAAAGGAGAUAACAACAAAAAUCGUGGUCUCUCCGCAUUGAGACACACAGGUUUGCGGAAACGACAGGCUCUAUCCGUCCUCAAGCAGCCAAUUCCUAAACCUGUCACCGAUUUCAAGGGCAAAGAACCCGUCCAGGGAGAUGAAGAACAUGGUCUGUGGGGAUUUUUCAAGAGCAAGCAGCUUCUACAAACUCCACUGAAGGAGUCACGGCAUGGACGAUCAUGGACCGUCCCCGAACUGCGUUCAAGAUCCUGGGAGGAUCUCCACGCCCUCUGGUGGGUAUGUGUGAAGGAGCGCAAUCGCCUUGCAACCGAGAAACUUGAGCGAGACAGAGUCGGAGGCUUGUAUGGAGAUGAUGAAAACCAAACUAGGGAUGAUACGGUUCAGGAAACUAUGAAAGCAAUCAUGGAUACGCUGCAGGAGAGACACAAGGCCUGGAAAGACGCAUACCAACUCGCUGGGCAAGACCCUACGGUGGACCUCAAGAACAAUGCACACAACAUCAGCCCAUACAGCUCUGACCCAGAGGACUACCAAGAAGCGGAGGUACCAGAGGUUGCAGGUGGCCAACAGAGUCAACAGGUCGUUGCCGACAAGGAGGGCAAGCUUCCAGAGGAGCGAUUUUUCAACACGCAGGACAACAAACCGUCGUUCAAGGAACAGGUUGAAGAGAAGACAAAGAAGGUUUUGUGGAAUAAAUGAACGCUACAUCAUGUAUACUCCUAGUGAUUGUUGGAGAAGUGUACACUACUAUGUAUAUAUGACGCUUGAAAGGGGCGAUCUUAUGUAUCGCGGGAAAGCUGUAUUGGGUAUGUAAUUGUAAGAUAGGCCUGCACCACCAGAGCCCAAAAAAUAUAUUCUUCCUUUUAGAGGG